AAUAAAACCAGACCCGAAUCCGGAAAAAGGAGGUUAUCUAUUGUUUAAUUGCGUCAGCGAAAUUAGGGCACCCCCAAUAAACCCUUGUCGACCCUUUUCCACCGGAGAGCUCAAAGUUCGCCGUAACUCGGAGAAAUUGAGAAAGAAAAAAACAUUUACGGAGUGGGACGUCGUAACGAUGGCUGACAGGGAGAAAAGUGGAGGAGAUAGCAGCAGCAGCGAAGAUGAGGAUCCCAAGUGGAAAGCCGCCAUCAAUUCGAUAGUCACCACCACCGCUUACGCCGCCUCCGCCUCGAAGCUCGCAGCUACUGCUCAGCAACACGAAGAUGGAGACUUUCGCGUCAAACCUAAAAAGCUAACACAUGCCCAAAUCAAGGUGAAGAAGCUUUUGAAUGAGAUGGUUGAGAAUACUCUAGACUUUGUGAAAGAUCCUGUUACUGUUGUUCCCCAAGAUGAAGAACCAGAGAAUGACUGUGGAGUUCGGCUUUUUAAGCGGUGUUCAACAGGCAUUGUCUUUGAUCACGUAGAUGAGCUUCAAGGACCUAAGAAGAAGCCUAAUUUACACCCUUCUAGAGGAAUUGAAGGAAGCUCUAAAGAGUUUAAGAAACGAAUAAAAUCAAUUGCUGUUGACGGAUCCGAUGUCUUGUCUGCUGCUGUGGAAGCAGCUAAGAAAGCUUCAGCUAGACUAGAGGCGAAAGAAGCGGCUGCGAAAGCUAAAGCUAAGAAAGAAGAAGAGAGAGUCGCUGAACUGAAGAAGGUAAGAGGAGAAAAAUGGCUACCUUCCGUUGCACGGGCUUUGCAGCUAAACAAAAAUUCGACGGCGAGAUCUGCAAAAUCGUAAACAUCCAUUCAAUCAACUUUUAUAUCAAGUUUGGAGAGAGUGAGAUCAUUUGGUCUUUUUGAUGUAGUGAGAGUGAAGUUCUUCAGAGAUGUUGUCUUCGUCUUUAAUCCAAACGAAUUAUAUAUUCUAUUCAUCAUAUAUAUGUCCUCAACUUUUGCAUGA